AUGUCCGACGCCGGUGAAGAGUGAGUUUUGGUUUUUUUUUUCAAGGUUUCCAUCAAAUGAAAUAAACUUUCAUGAAAAUACCCCACAAACUACUAAAUGAUAAACAAAGAUGAUUCCGUAAUGAAAGAUAAUUAAAUUUGAAAAGUCAGAGAUAAUUUUGCAUUUCGCGGAAAUUACUUUGAACACGGCAUAAGAGCACGGUUUGACGAUAAUGCGCUCUAUCGCUCUUUUUUUCAUUUUGUCAUUUUUUUACUCUUAAUUUUUUUCUUUCUUUUUUUAACGUUAUUUUUUUCAUUCCUUUUUAUAAUUUUUGUCCGAAUUUUAACUUUUUGAUAAUGUGAAAAUUGCAAGAAUUCAUAGCACUAGGUAACUUUUUAUUCAAAAAAAGUUUCAACGGGAAUUAUUUUUUUCAAUUUAAAAUAGUUUCAUUUGCUAUAUUUCUCUAUAUAAAAUGCACUCUGUCUUUUUCAGUUAUAAAUAAAGCAUGAGACAGCGAAACAAUUUCAAAGCUUCACAUGACGUUUUACCAAUAAUUUGUUGUUGUGAAUCACAUCUCUCAUUUUCCUCUUUUCUCAUAAAUCACAACACAUUUUUGUCUUUUUUAAACUGAAUUUAAGGAUGACUCAACGAAACUCCGACAUUCGUUGCUAGAAUGCGCUUUUUCAUUUUAGUUUUCCGUGAAAAGAUAGUUUAUUUUCCUCCCGAAACGUUUGACCUUGAAGUUUUUCGGUCGUUGCGACGGCAGAAAUAAAAAACGAACGGCAGGAAAAGUGUAAUGUUUUUCCGUCCAACCGCCCCGUUUCGUAUUAAUUUUCGGUUCUGUUUAAAGGUUCUUUCUCCUAUGAAAAGAGCACAAAUAACUUCUUUCCUUUUGAAUAUGUUUGUAUCGAGACUUUUCACUUAAAAAUGUGGCUGUGGUAAUGAAUCCGAUUAUUUUUUUUGUCGUUGAAUUUGCUUUUAGAAGGUUAUAAACUAUCCAGAAUUUUUCUAGCGAGAGUCGCUCUUCGGCUUUAUGUUUAUAGAAUUUCACAUUUCAAGUUCACCAUAUUUUUCAUUUAUUCGCAUUCGGUUUUUAAAAAUUCUCUCAAACGAAGCAAAUAUCUCCUUUUUUAUCACCCUUCCAAAAUAGUGACUUUUGAUAGUUUUUCUGGUUCUUUUUUUGAAUCCCUCAUUUUUCUGAAAAUGAAGCUUUUUCAAAAAUAAAGAUCCAAAAAUUUAGAAAAAAAUUAGAAAAAAAUUUUUUUAGAUGAAAUUUUUCCUUCGAAUCUUCGUUAGUCAGAGUGCACUGAUAAUUAAGAAACUCAGAGAAAAAAAACCUCUGUUUUUUUUUUAUUUUUGAGCGAUCUCUAGCUUUCGAAGAUUUUAACGUAGACUCGUACCUCGGUACCGCAAACCGGACGCGCCCCGUGCGUUUCUAAGUUCAUUUAGUGACCACUUUAGCGACUUCAGCACUCUUUUGAGAUCACUAGAGCUGCUCAGAAACGCCCGGGCGCGUCCAUUUUGCGUUGCCGAUGUCUCAGGACUCUUAAAAAGAAUUUUCUAGCUCCCUUUUCUUCGGCAAGUCGUUGAAAAUUUAGUAGGAAUCUGUAUUUUUUAUAUCUUUCAUUUUCUAACGUUACAUCUCUUGCAGAAUGUAUCUAGAAGCCGAAACGGACUUCGGUCUGAACAUCCUGCGGACGCAAGCCUUGAACGACUCGCUCGUCUUCUCGCCGCUGUCGAUCGCCUUGGCCUUGUCGCUGCUCCAUGCCGGAGCCGGUGGAAAUUCACGUUCUCAGAUCGCCAGCGCCAUCGCAAAGGGUACCAGAAAAUGAACAUUUUUGAAUAAACUAUCAAACUCAGGCGCCAAUGACGACCAACUCGCCCAGCACUACGCAUCUUUGUCUGAAUCCCUUUUGAAAUCGAAAGAAGGCGUCCAGGCUCUCGUCGCUAACCGGGUUUUCGCAAAGUGAGGGGAUGCAAAAUCAAGAAAAAAGAUGUAUUUCGAUAUAUUUUUAUCGAUAUUGGGUUGUUGAAAUGCAGUUUAAAUCUCCCUUUUCUCAUAUUUUUGCAAACUUUUUUCUCGAAUUUUUCGUUUUUGAGGUUUAAUAAUCCUCCAAGAAAGGCCCCCUAGAAGCUUCUUGUAGUCUUUGAAGGCGAAAAAUUAGACUUGAAAAAAAUUUCAAAACUGUUUUUUUUCAAAAUUAGAAUUUCUCGGAUCUCUUUUUUUAUUGAAAUUUUUCAACAAAAAGGGUCUCAGAAGAUUUUUUUCUACAUAGGCAAAGUCGGAAAAGGGGGAAAAGGCGUCAUAGAAAUGUUCCUUUUAGGGUGAAAAAGCUCUCCUUUUUUCUGCCCUUUUGCGCAAUUUUCUCAAUCCUUAUGCACCUUUUCGCUGCCUACUUUUUUUCCACCAUUUCUUGAGCCUUCAAAAUCCCAGAAAAAAAAUGGAAGGCUCGCUAAAGGGACUCUUAUUGCUGCCUUUUUGCGGCCUUUUAGCGGCCAUUAUACACCUGUCCGACUUUGCCCGAGUAUACUUUUUUGAAUAUUCAAAGUUGUUUUAGUAAAUGAGUGAUUUCCAUUAAAAUUCUUCAUUUCGAACUCUUCAAAAGCUCAAAAAACUUUCAGCAAAGGCUUCAAAAUCAAGCAAAGCUACCUGGACACGGUGAAAAAGCAGUACAACGCGGGCGCCGAAGUUCUCGACUUUGAUCAGGCCGACCCCUCGGCGGCUGUUCGUUUUUAAACUUUUCUGACCCCGUAAAAACAACAAGUCUUCCUUCAGAAGAUGAACAAGUUCGUCGAGGACAACACUGGCGGAAAAAUCAAGGAACUCAUCAAGCCUGACGCUUUGAAGAGUUUGAAAAAAAUGUCAAAAAAAAAGGUGGAGAAAAUUUCCAGAUGCCGUUGCUUUCAUCAUCAACGCUCUGUACUUCAAGGGCGACUGGGCUGACCAAUUUUACGCCACCCAAACUCACAAUUUGGAUUUUCACUCGUGCGAGAAGACCAAGCGAUCUGUGGGGCUUUUGAAGUGUUUUUCGGGUUAAAAAACAGGAGAAAAUUGGGCGCUAAAAGAGAGAGGCUCAAAAAAGGCCGCAGAAAGGCAGCAAAAAGAGUCCCUUAGGCGAGCCUUCCAUUUUUCCUGGGAUUUCAAAGGCUCGAGAAAUGGUCGAAAAAGGGAAAGGCAGCAAAAAUAGUGUACAGGGUGACAAGUAAAUAUUGAAACCGUUUUUUGUUUGAUCGCUGCUUUUUGCACAAAGGACUGGCCUUUGAAUUUUUUUGUUUAUUUCGUUCAUUCAUGCUCACUUAUCAUGUGUUUGAAGUCACAGCUCAUACUUUUCAGUUUUCAGGUAAUGGUGGCCCCAUCUCCGUACCGUACCGCAAUCAUUGAUUGUGUCAAAAGCGGAAUGACGAAUUCAGAGAUCGUUAAAAAGCUGAAAGUGUCUCGUGUUCUCGUUUUUCGAACUGCACAACGUUAUCGGCGUCUCGGUGCUUCAGAUGACAUGCAAAGAAGUGGACGUCCAGUCACCGUCACGACUCCAGAAGCAGUCAAAGCCGUUCGAGAGAAAAUCAGACGCACUCCGGAAAGAAGCAUGAGAAAGAUGUCAAAAGAAUACGAAAUGAAUCGAGAAUCGAUGAGAACUAUUGUCAAGGACAAGCUGAAGAUGAUUCCCUACCGUAUGCAGAAAGGAGCCUUCCUCAAUCAAAAAAACAAGACAUUCCGGAUGAAAAAGGCUCGAAAGCUGCUCGCUGGCAGGAAAGAUGGCUCGCAUCUGACGACGCUAUUUACCGACGAGAAAAUCUUAACUGUGGAGACGAACAAGAACGGCCAAAACCAUCCGAUCAUCGCUACUGACUAUCAGAGUGCCUGUGAAAAAGAAAAAAUUCUGAAUAAAACUUCGCAUCCGGCUUCCGUGAUGGUUUUUGCCGGAAUUACCGCUGACGGCAAAACUCCGCUGGUUUUUGUGGAUCCUGGAGUCAAAGUGAACCAAGUAUACUACAGGGAGCAGAUUUUUAAAGUUGAGGGUGUUGCCCAUGAGCCAAUUCUCACUACGGAAAGCCGACCAUGGACCUUCCAGCAAGACGGCGCCCCCGCUCAUCGUGCCAAAGGGACUCAAGAGUGGUGUCGCGCCAAUUUUUCCGAGUUCAUCUCGGCUGCUGAUUGGCCUGCUUCCUCGCCCGACCUCAACCCGAUGGACUAUGCCGUGUGGAUAUAUCUGACCGAGAAGGUCUCUUCUAAGAACUACCCAAGUAUCAAAGCUCUGAAGACCGCGCUCAUCAAGAAAUGGGACGAAAUCGACGACGACUACCCUCGUGCCGUGAUCGAUGCGUAUCCGAAGAGACUGAAGGCCGUUAUCAAAGCUAAAGGAGGACGUUUUGAAAACUAUUCUUGAAUUUUGUUUCUAUAUUGUAUGAAUAAAAUUUGUUCCAAGUUUGGUGGUGUUUGGUUGACUUUUGAGAAAGUUAUAACGUUUCAAACGCGUUUCAAUAUUUACUUGUCACCCUGUAAAAUAGCCGAUAAAAUGGCGCAAAAGGGCAGCAAAAAAGGAACCUUUGUCACCCUAAAAGGAACAUUUCUAUGGAGCCUUUUUCCACCCUUUCCGACCUAUUCGAAAAACGUUGAAAAAAAUUUUAAAAGUGGAAAUUUUUGCCAUUUUCGACGGUGUUUUUUUUUCGAAAUUGAAGAAAAAUGUCUGUCAAAAAAGUUCAAAAAUGACGUUUUCAGUGUAUUUAUUUCAUUUUUAUCGGAUCGGUAAAAACGAAGAAAAAAACCAUUCAUUUUUCAAAAAAAGUCUUAAAUGGGAAGUUAGUAUUUUUUUCACAGUUUACAGGGUUUCCGGGAUGAAAAAAAUUGAUUUUUAAAUUGUUGGAGAAUUUUUUUCGAAUUUUUGAGCUUUCUGAAAUUUUUUUCUAUUCUUAACAGCUGACAUUAUUCGAGAGAAAAGCUUUUUUUAAAUUUUUUUGAUUUUCGAAAAAAAAAUUUUUUUAAUCACUGAACUUCAAUUUUUUUGACCGAUUUUUGCGUUUUUUUGUAAUUGAAUUUUGAUACUUCUUAAAAUGAGGAUUUAUUUGGUUAUAAGUUUUUGAAGGUUCCUUUCCUGAGCGAAUCCGAGGUUAACCGAAACUAUGCAUCGGAUGACGUUUUUGAGGUUUUUUUUUUCCAGCAAGAGAAGAAAAUGAACUGGUAAAUUUUCAAGGUCCUUUCGCUGAACUACAAGGACAGCAGCUACUCGUUUGCUGUUUUUCUGCCAAAACAGAGAUUUGGACUCGAAAAGGCUGUCAAGGUGAGAAAAAAAAGAUGAAGAUGCGGAAAUUGGAAAGAUUUAAAAAGAUAGUUGAUAACGCCUGGAUUGGACAAAAAAAAAUGGAAACUGGUUCCUUGAUUUAUAUUAAAAAUAUUCACAAAAAAAUCGGCGCGAUUUUUGGAAAACGUUUUUUUAACCAACUUUGAAAAAUUUUUUUAUUUAUUGGUAUGAAUUUUUCAAAGUUAAUGAAUUUCUAUGUAGGAUUAAAUAGAGUGUUUUUGAAACUAAAUUGAUAAAUUAACAGAAAAAAAUCGAAAAAUUUCAAAAUCCACUUUGAAAAUAUGAUGGAUAAGAGAUUUUUCUUGUCCCAAAGUGAUUGAACUUUGUGAUUUUUUUAUACUUUCUCUGAAGUUUGUGUCUUUUCUUUGGAUGAUUCGAUUUCAAAUCUUCAAUUUUUUUGACUCGAGAAUUUUUUUCCAGUCCCUCGACGCCAAGCGAUUCCAGAAGCUCUUGUCCAGCUUGUCGUCUACUUAUAUCAAUGUAGGACCUUGAUUUUAUAAGAAAAAAUUGUGAUUCUUUAGAUCAACAUCCCGAAAAUGAAGGUCGAGAAGGAGAUUGACCUGAAGCCGGUCUUGGAAAAGUUGGGAAUUACGGAAGUUUUCACGGAUUCGGCUGACCUCAGCGGAAUCGCCGACGACAUCAAAGUGUCGGACGGAAAACACAAGGCUCUCAUUGAGGUGGGCAAAUCUGGCUUUUUCUCUUCGUUCUGUCGGCCUCUGCUUGGGGUAUUUUCAUGGUUUUUUCUCAGAAAAAAAAUAAUUAAAAUUGAAGGAAAAGACAUAAAAAGAACAUUAUUAGAGAAGUGAAAAUGUGUUGAAAAGGUUGGGAACUCCAGAAUGGUCCCUAUAAAGGCAACCUCAGGAAUUCUUAGAGGGUCCGCUCUAGGGACAACUUCACCUACCCCUAUAGAGGCCACUAAAGCUCACAAAAGUGAUCCCUAUAGGAGAUAGGCUAAUCUAUAAUUUUCAUGUACUCUAGCGAUGUCCAUGCGAAAAAUUUAAUGAAUAAGCGUUUUUUAAUAAAGUUGAAAGACUUCUAUAGGAAUAACUUAAGCUUCAGGGGCUUUGGGGAGAUACCCUAAACCCCUAUAGGGACCACCUUGAUUUUGCCCGUGUCUGGACCGCUUUUUCGGCCCCUAUUGGGGCUGUUUUUCCUCCUGACCCCUAUAGGGACCGCUCUGAAAUUUCUAAGGAUCUUAUAAGUCAGAAAAAAUGAACUUUGAUGCUUCAGAAUAUUGAAAAAGCUUGAAUUGUUCAUGAAAUUUUGCGCGUAAAAUACUAUGUUUUUUGUGCAUCCUUUGUCAUCAUUUUUGAGGAGGACAGUUAUUUUAUAUUUUAUUAGAUUCCAAUGUGAAGAUUUAAAAAAAUCGGCCUUCUUUGUGCUUUAUGCGACCUUCUGAAUUUUCGGUGAUUAUUUUUUUGAUGGGCUAAGAAAAAACCGAUAUGAUUGAUAAGAAAAAUACCGUGCUAUAGAAAGAAAACUAUAAAAAAAAUCACUUUUAUUGAGCAUUUUAUUUUUUUUUGCGCGUCAUGUCAUACGCAUUCUGUGAAUACACCACUUUUGAACUACAGUAAUCGAAAAUUUCUCGAUUCCCGAUCCAGCACAAUAUAUGCUUUGGCACGAUUUAUUCACCAAAGUGUUUUCCUAUUUUUCUACCCAUUAGGUCGAUGAGAAGGGAACGACGGCCUCUGCGUCGACUUUAAUAAAAAUGGUCCGAAAGUGUGCAAGGACAACAAAACCGUUGACUUUCUUCGCCGAUCAUCCAUUUUUCUUCGCCUUGCUCAAGAAGAAGCAUCCAGUUUUCCUCGGAGUCUAUCAAUAAAGUGGGAAAUAUGAUGGAAUUUGGAGUUGUGUUGAUUUUCUUGGGUUUUCGUGGGGAUCUCUUCUUCUUGCUGUGCUUUUCUGGGUGGUUUCAUUGGUUCGGAUGGAUGAAUUUUGAAAUUUGAAGUGGUAGUUAUUAUGGUUUAAAGUAAGGGCUCUUGUUCCUUUCAGAUUCUUUUCCUGCUCUUUUUUUUGUUCUGGGACCACUUUUUUCCCUUUUCCUACGUCACAGCGGACUCCAAGUUCAAGAACUCAGUUAAAAGGAGAAAAAAAAAUGAAAAGUUCCAGAGAUCUUUCGUUGGUAAAGUUGGCUAAGGCUGGUAGCACAUUAGGCAAAUGAAUCAGUUUGAUAAAUCUAGAGAUUUUCAUAAGAGCGCGAAAUCUUCAAUUUUUCGUAUUUUCUAUAAAGGUGAGGAACCUUGUACGCAUACAAGUCUCUGUUGAAAUCUUCACAGAAGUUUUCAAUGGAGCAUAGACUUAUUUUGAAAAGUCUCGUGGCGAAGAGCUGUUAUUUUAUUUUGGUCGUGCAAGACUUGAACAGAGCUUUACUUGUUCAUUCUUCACGACUUGAAACAAUCUGACCUGUCUGCGCUCUCUAUUCCCUCACCUGAAGGGGUAAAGAAGCCUGAAAAUCAUCAUUUUAUUUUGGUUUUGGCAACAUCGGGAUGGUAUGGUGAUGUUGCAGGGAGGUAGCCUAAAAACACGCAGAGAAAAGUGAGACUGUUUCAAGUGGUGAUGAACAUAGGGGCCGCAGACGAAUUUUCAAAAAAAAUGUUUCAGCGUUGAGCUUUGUAUGGUUUGAUAGCUGUUUCGAUUCAAAACUCAGAACCGUUUAGUUUUUCAAAAAAGAUUGAGGAUGAAAAAAGUUAUGACAAAAAAUGUGGCGCGCCGCGCACCAUUUUUUUAGUACUGAAAUUUUGGUAUUAUCCAUUUUUGACAUUUUUCUCGAUUUUUCUUCUAGAAAAAGUUUUGAUACUGGUCUAUUAUGAUGUAACAAAUCAUAAUAGAGUGCUAAAAUGCUGCUAAUCAGCUAGUUUGCCGAAAAAGUCGGUAUUUUCCAGAAAACAAAAAACUGACGCUUGCGGGCAUCGAACUCGCGACCUCAAAAUGAAAUUUCGCAGCGCAUGCGCUGCGCCAAGUUGUUAAGUCUAGCGAGGGGAGCUUCCAUCCGCCUUACCCUUGAGCCGUUUGAACAGCACAGAUUGCCUAUUUCAAAAAGAAAAGUUUGAAGUAAUUUAGCUAUUCCUAUCAGAAUAUGUUCGCAAAUCUUUACUCAAACUUUCCGUGGAAAUUCAGUUCGAAAAAAACUGUUUUUUUAGCGGUUUCUGCCUCGUACAACGAUCGCUGCUUUAAAACGGCCCCGUAAAUUUUUUUGGCAAAGACGAAUUUUUUUAUUUUUAUUUCUUUUUAAUUGAAAGAUUUUUUUACUAAUAAAUGUAAAUAAUCGUUUUAAAAAAACCUGCGUUCGACCGCUUUCGGUGUGAUAAACGCCGCUACUUUUUAUUCUCUAUUUUCAAGAGCAUUUUUGCGUAUCAAACAACUUUUUUUCAAGUACAUUUUUCUGUGUAGAAAAAAAUUUAAGUAAGCCCAUGAUCUAAAUUUUGAAAAAAACAAAAAAACUCGAUUAUAUUCGCUUAUUAACGAUAUUUUUGAAUUAUGGCUUUCGGCACUCCCUAAAUUUUUUUGGCAAAGACGAAUUUUUUUAUUUUAUUGUUUUAAAAAAAAUACCGUUACUUGAAUCAAAAAUCAUUAUAUAAAAAAAGAAAGAGUGCGUUCGACCUGAAAAACACAUGGAAAAAGCAAAAAAAUGACAAAAAUUUUUUUAGUUCCAUUCACGUUUUUUUGUACGAAAUUCCGCGAGAACGCAUCAAAAAAGCGUGAAAUAUUUUUUAAACGAAAGAGGAAGCUUUUCUGUACAUGUGUGUCGAAUUUUAUUAGCCAGUUCCACAUAUUUUGCAACUACAACAAAAUGAAAGUUGAAAACCAAAAAAAGCCACUUUUUCUAUCGCGAAAAGGGGCGUGGCUUUGCGGUCCCUAGAUGAACGGCUUAUACUUGAAUGGACUGUCGAAAUUUUUUCAUUUUCCUUUUUAUAUUCUCCACUGUUGGGCGGCUAGCUUCUACUAUUACUUCUACAUGUUUUCUCGAAACUUGAUGAUAUUCUGAAAAAUCAAAUCGGUCAGGUGGACGAGGAAGGCACGACGGCCUCGGCUUCGACGGCUCUCAAGAUUGUGCCGAAAAUGGCGCGAAUGCAGCGUCCUCUCGAUUUCACAGCCGAUCAUCCGUUUGUCUUUGCCCUCGUCAAGGACAGUCAUCCACUCUUCAUCGGUGUCCAUGCUUAAUUAAAUUUCGAUUUUCCAUGCUCUAACCGAUUGAAGAUUUAUUAACGCUUAAUCUGGGUUUUUGUUCGUAAAUUGCAUAAUUUCUGAAAUAAAUUGUAUAUUUAAGGUUUUCCUGGUAAAAGCAUUUUGUAAGGAGUUUGUUCAUAAAUUUUCCGAGAGAAGGUUUCAUUUAAAAUAUGAUCUAAGUAAAAGCUUUAGAGUCCAGUUCUUCGAGGCUACUCGAGAAACGUCGAGUUUUUUUGAAUUUUUGAACCAUCGCUUUAGACUUUUAGAAGAUAAGUUUCUUAAAUAUAGCAUGGAGUAAGUUAAACGGCUCCUUUUCUGGAAGAACUUGAUAUGAAUGAAGACAAUUUUAGUGGGGAUAACAGUUGAAUCGAUUUGAUUUUGACUGGGUUUCCGAAGUUCUGAAAAAUUGAUUUUUCGAUGUAAACCUACAUGGUUUUGUAAAGUUCCUUGCCUUGCGGUCUCUAUUUUUUUUAUCCGUUUCGUUUUUUGUAACUCUUAGUGGAAACUGGAGGCUAAAAGUGAUUUUUUUUUUUCGUUUUUCAAAGGUAGAGUGUAUUUAGGUUCAUUUUGGAACUUGAAAGUUAGACUCCUUCCCUUUUUGAAUUUUCGGUGUUUUUCUGUCUCAAAAUCUAUAGAUUUCCAAUUUAAAAAAAGUUCUGAUUGAGCUCAGAGGGGGAUCUGAAAAAUGGAAUCACUUUAAAAAACGACUUCAACAUUUUUUCUGUUUUCCUGCUAAAUUCCUAGUUCUGGUUCAUCAAAACUAACAGAGAGAACACUACUUCGACUAACCUAAGAGCUUUAAAUUCCCAGCGAGAACCUGAAAUUCCUAGGUCGACGAGCAAGGCACCACCGCCGCCGCGGCCACCGCUCUCCGGAUGGAACUCGAAAGCAUGAUUAUCCGCGAAGACAAACCCAUUAAUUUCCUCGCCGAUCAUCCGUUUUUGUUCGCCCUGUUGAAGGAAAACCAUCCCGCCUUUUUGGGAACUUUCCAUUGA